UCUCGUCGUGUAUUCACUUGUGCGGAGAAAUUGGAUUCAAGCAGAAAUUGACGCACCAUCUGUCAAUAAAUCUACAUUAAAACAUGGGCGAUACGGGACACGCGGACGCGUUGCCUAUCGAUACUGCCAGAUUGACGGCCGAUUCCGGCUUCAGCGAGUUGCUGAGGUCGGCGGAGCAGAUAUCCGCGGCCGCCGAGGGAAACGAUGACAUGCCGCAUGUCGAUCGAAAUCUCCAGCAGAUAUUGGAGGCUUCGAACGAGCUGUGGUGUCGGGUCACGCAAACCGCUACCCAGGAGAACGAGGCCCAGGCCCACGUCUUGCUGGGUUCUCGAGGGAUAGACUUGUCUCAAAUCUCACAGAAGUUGAACUCGCUUAGUGCAAGACGCACAUUUGAACCAUUAGAUCCUAUCGCAGACACUGAUAUUGUCAGUUAUCUUAGGAAUGAGAAGGAAAAUGCGAUUCUUUCUAUCAUCGAACAGGUUCACAAGGAUACAUUUGAGCUUACUAGAGCACAACAAAUGGAACAUAUGCUGGGUGAAUGGAAACAAAUGCGUUUUGAGAUAAUAAAUGCCAUGACUGCUCCAUCUGGAGAGCUAGUAGACUUACGUGGAACACCGCAGCGCACAAAACUAGCAGGUUCAAUGAUUAGUGGUCUCUCUAGCAUAGAGGUUGCAUAUGUAAAAGAACUGCAAAAUUAUAACGAUCAUGUGCUUCGAGGUAUAACCCGGCCCAGUUUGUUUAAUGCAUUCUGCAAAGCCUCUGAAUCGUUUAAUGACAAGAAGAUUGUAGACUUGUGGCAAAUGGUGAAGUGUAUGGUUGAUAUUCCACCGACACCUAGAGGAGAUCAAAUUAAAUCCAGAAGUAGUCCUGCGAUUGAACAAAAAAUUGUUUUACAAGCCAAAAAGUAUUUGGAAAACAGAUAUAGAGAUUUCAUGAAUUCCAUAAUCAACGAGAAUCUGGUGCAGGCCAAACGAGGUGGCAUUCCAGGCACGAUUCCUCUGGUCAAGAGUUUUGUAGGUGUCAAAGUACAAAAUUUGAGAGAUUUGGAAGAUGAUAUGGUCGAAGACAAGCCAUUGUGGCCUUUAGUAUAUUACUGCAUGCGAUCCGGAGACUAUAAAGCCGCGUUGCAAUGUCUGAAUCAAUGUAAUACAGAGUUCUUGGAAUUUAAAACAGCUCUUGAAGAAGCUUGCGACGAUCCGCAACAUCAUCCGAGUAGUCGUGCGGAGUCCAUUUUGAAGUUACACUACAGAAAGCAAGUUCGAUCCGUCAGCGACUUAUACAAGAGAGCGGCAUAUUGCGCGUUGGUUCCUUGCGAGCCGGACGAUUUGCAUUCCGAAGUGAUAGCUACAGCCGAUGAUUAUUUAUGGUUAAAGUUAUGUCAAGUAAGAGAUCAGGCAGAUGUCGAGAAUAAACUAACAUUGGAUUAUUUGCAGACUACAAUCUCAGAAAUAUAUGGAGAAACUUAUUAUCACGCACACGAGCAGCCAUUUUUGUAUUUCUCGAUGCUAUUUUUGACUGGACAAUUCGAAGCAGCAAUAGAAUUUUUAGCCACUGGAGCUGGAGCAAGGCAUUUACCGCAUGCGGUUCAUUUAGCAGCUGCGAUGCAUGAGCAUAAUUUAUUGGCUGUCAGUCAAAGUGUCUUAGCACCUUUGAUUAGCGUAGAUCCUGCUGAUAAACCACCAGCAAAGAGACUAAAUUUCGCCAGAUUAAUAUUGUUAUACAUUAAAAGAUUUGAGUUGUCAGAUCCAAAAGAAAGUCUUCAUUAUCUCUUUUUAUUGAGAUGUAUGAAGGACCCAUAUGAUCGUAACAUGUUUGCUGCAUCUGCCGCAGAAAUGGUAGUGGAUGUCUCUCCUGCAAAUCGUAUUUUGUUAGUCGGGAAACUUGAUAAAGAUCGAAGACUUCCGGGUAUCUUGGAUCAAUUCCAAAUUAAUACAGAAGACGUGAUAAAUAUUUGCGCUGAAACGUUGUACAGAAAAGGUCUGCUCGAAGAUGCAGUCAUGAUGUACGAUUUAGCGAGAAAUCAUGAGAAGGUUCUUAGUUUGAUGUGCACACUCUUAACGCAAGUUGUCAGUCAGAAAGGAUUGCCCGGUUCUCUCAGGUCACGAUUACAAGAGACAGCUAUGGACAUUGGUACAAGAUAUAAAGACAUUGUAAUCCAAGCGCCCUCAGAAGUCGUGUCGUCAUUCUAUACCUUAAAAGAUCUUAUGGUUUUCUUUGAUCAGUUCCACAAUGAACAGUAUCAAAGUGCACUUAGAACAAUUGCAGAUUCGAAGAUGUUGCCUCUUUCUGUGAAAGAAGUCGAUGAGAGAGUGAACGCUUUACGUCGUGUAUCGCCCGAAGUGGCUGGAACAUUGGCCGACGUUCUUUUAGCUACUAUGACGAUAUUAUAUCGUCAGUAUCAGAAAUUGCGAUCAGUAGAACCAGGAGACGAAAUCGCGAGGGACCAGCAGCUACAUGAUCUCAGAGAACAAGCUCGAGCGUUGACGAGUUUUGCAGGAACCUUGCCAUACCGUAUGCCAAACGAAACUAACAGUAAACUUGUACAAAUGGAGAUUCUUAUGCAUUAAAAUCGAUAUAGUAUAAGUACAUCUAUCGAA